AUGACAGUAAUUCAGAAUAUUAAUUACUCAAAUUUGAAUACCGGAACUUUAAGACUACAAAAAUCUGCGAAGAAGGGUGCCAGACUAUGUAUAAUGGUAUUGGGUGAUAAUGGUACUGGGAAAUCAACUUUUUUAAAUAAUUUAUGUAAUGAAAACAUAUUUCCAACCGUAAGACAAGUCAAUUAUUUAAAUACAUUAAAUGAUUUAGAAAUUGAUGAAAAAAAGUAUGAACCAAUUACUGAAACUAUUGAAAUUGUUGAAGAGGAAAACACUAAAAAGAUAACAAUUACAUUAGAUGUUGUGUUAUUCCCAUAUGCAGGUUAUAUGGUGGAUAAUUCUAUGGCGCCAGGCUUAAUUAAAAAUUAUCUGGAUGAACAAUUCUACAAAUUUCUAAAAGAGGAAAAAAGAAUUAAUCGUAAGAAAUCUUUAAAUGAUACAAGACCACAUGUUUGUAUUUAUUUUUUAAGAGCAACUUCAAGGGGUUUAAAUGAAUAUGAUAUUAAAUGCAUGCAAGAAAUUUGUAAUAAAGUAAAUAUCAUUCCAAUUAUUAGUAAAGCUGAUACUUUAACUGAAGAUGAAUUAAGUUUAAAUAAAAAAUUGAUUAUGGACGACAUUAAAAAAAAUAAUAUUAAUAUUUUUGAUUUCCAAGAUGAUUCAUUGGAAGGUACAUUGAUCGAAAUUGAUAAGAAGGAAAUUUCCAUAACUGGUGAAUACAUUUAUCCAAGUACUUUAAUAAAUGAUCUGUUACCGUUUGCAAUCAUUUGUGGCAAUCAAAUUAUCAAAGAUGAAAAUAAUAAUUUAAUACAUAUCAGAAAGUAUCCAUGGGGUCAGGUGGUAAUUGAAGAUCGAUCCAUUUCAGAGUAUGUAUUAUUUAAAGGGAUAUUAUUAGGGUCACAUUUACAAGAUUUUAAGGACACAACGAUUAAUAUUCUAUAUGAAACAUACAGAACCAAUAAAUUAUUACAAGAAGGUACAGAUGGUGAAUUUAUCGAAAACCCUGAAUUACCGUUACCAAUUUUAACUAAGAAUAGCAUCUCUGGAUCACAGUCACUUUCCAGAUCAGCAUCUAGGCCACAAUCGAGUAGGUCAAGGUCACACCCAAGAUCAGAGGGUAACACUGACUCAUAUCAAGGUAAUGCAACUAAUGAUACGGAAACAGUUAAAGAUUUAGAGGAACAAAACAAGCUAUACCAGAUGAGAAUUGAGGAGCUUGAGAAAAAGCUAAAAGAAUCUGCAAAAUUAGGAAUUUAA